AUGGCCGUCUCGUCGGCCAGUCAGCCCGCGGGGCUCUCCAGCAACGGCUUGGCGCUGCCUUGGCGUGGGCGAGGCCACGCGCGCUCGGCCUCGCCCCCUCCGAUCUCCGGCGUCCUUCCCUCCUCAACGAAAUUGGCAGCGACUUCGAGUCGCCGCCACUUCCCCAAAGCUCGUGCGGAGCAGACGACCGUGACGGAGCCACCCCCGAGGGUGCGCUGCGCGUUGACGCCCUCCGUGGUAGCGCCUUGGCUGCUGCCGGCUGAGCGUGAGCCGAUGGAAAGAGGCACAGGCGGACAGGGAGAGGUGCCUGAGAUGGAUGUCCGCUCUUUGAGCUCUUUAGAGAAGAAAGAUGCACAGCGCCACCUGCAGCUCUUCGGCAUCCCCAACCUGGAGAUGACCAGCCACAAAGGAGGCCGCCAAGGGCUUCGGCACAGCAUCUCCGUGGACGUCUUGGCAGCCACUCCAAAGGCCAACUCCGCGAUUCCGGAGAAGACCCCGAAGAAGCGGGACAUUGGCCCCGAGGCGGUUGCGCCAGAGUUUUACGCACAGCAACCUCGAGCCACUCGUGGACUUCCCAUUAAGGCCAAUUUCGCUCGCCUCACAGGACCAGCGCUGCGGGCCCUGGCCGAGGCCGAGGUGGUGGACCUGGAGGCUUCCCGCGAGUUCCCGCGGCCUUCACGGAUGCGGGUGAGCUUCAAGCCCCCUUCCCGAUCCUUGGAGACCCUCAAACAGGAUCAACAAAAGCCUUCCGAGGAUCUGACGAAAACCAGUGCCCAGAGUCUGACGACUGCAGCAUCGCACGGAGCCUCUCAAGCCUCCUUGGCCUCGACCGGUUCCUUACAUGAGGCCUCGCCAGUGGAGACAUCUCCGCUUGCAGAGACCUCUCCGCUCGCGGAAACCGAUGCUAGCUGA